CGCCGUCGCCGUCGCCAUCGUCGCCGUCGUCGCCGUCGUCGCCGUCGUCGCCGUCGUCGCCGUCGUCGCCGUCGCCGCCGUUCUCAUCUUUAUAUUAUCACUGUCAUCAUCGUUAAUUGUAAGAGAAACAAGAAGGUUGAAUUCGACAAUGGGAAACGUUCAUACUUGUGGUCCAAAUGAAGCUCUUGUAGUAUCGGGAGGAUGCUGCGGCUCCAUGAGAAAGAGGACCAUUGUUGGUGGAUAUGCGUUCACCUGGUGGUUUGUCACCGAUGUUCAGCGAUUGUCAUUGGAAGUGAUGACUUUGAACCCAGUAUGUGAGAGCGUGGAAACAGCGCAGGGAGUACCACUAACGGUCACCGGCGUGGCACAGUGUAAAAUCAUGAAGGCCGACGAAUUGUUACACACUGCCAGUGAACAGUUUCUUGGGAAAAGCGUUCACGAGAUUAAGUCCACGAUCCUAUCCACCUUAGAAGGUCAUCUUCGAGCUAUACUGGGAACACUCUCUGUGGAGGAAGUCUAUAAGGAUCGAGAUCAAUUUGCGGCUCUCGUGCGAGAAGUCGCCGCGCCUGACGUCGGUCGCAUGGGUAUCGAGAUCCUUUCAUUUACGAUAAAGGACGUUUACGAUGAGGUUCAAUAUUUAACAUCGCUUGGUAAAGCCCAAACGGCCGCUGUUAAAAGAGAUGCUGAUGUAGGCGUCGCCGAGGCAAAUAGAGAUGCCGGCAUUAGGGAAGCGGAAUGCGAAAAAUCGGCGAUGGAUAUAAAAUAUAACACUGAUACGAAGAUAGAGGACAACGCAAGAUUAUACCAAUUGCAAAAGGCUAAUUUCGAUCAAGAAGUAAAUACAGCGAAAGCCGAGGCCCAGUUAGCUUACGAGCUUCAAGCGGCAAAGAUAAAGCAACGGAUACGAAAUGAGGAAAUACAGAUAGAAGUUGUAGAGAGGCGUAAGCAAAUCGAAGUCGAGGAACAGGAGGUCCGUCGAAAAGAACAUGAACUCCAGAGCACAGUGCGAUUACCAGCUGAAGCUGAAUUCUAUAAAAUGGGAAAAAUUUCUGAGGGAAAAAGAACUCAAACUGUGAACGCAGCAAAAGCAGAAGCUGAGAAAAUUCGAUUGAUUGGAGAGGCUGAGGCUCACGCUUUAGAAGCUGUCGGUAUAUCAGAGGCCGAACGGAUGCGAAUGAAGGCAGCGGUUUACAAGAAGUAUGGUGAAGCGGCAAUACUUAAUAUCACUCUGAAUGCCUUACCAAAGAUCGCAGCUGAAGUCGCGGCACCAUUAGCGAGAACAGAAGAAAUUGUUCUACUCGGUGGAAGCGAUGCGACCAGCGGAGAAUUUACGCGUCUCGUUGGGCAAGUACCUCCAGCUGUACAAGCGCUGACUGGGGUAGAUCUUUCGAAAGUGCUAGGAAAAAUACCAGGCGCAAAGUAAUGCCGAGCAACUUCAAGGAUGACGACUAGGCGAAUAAAUUUGGAACAGAUUUGAAAAAGGGGCAAAAUCUAUACUGCCAAAGGUUUCUCUGCUACUCUCAUCUAUUGACAACAAACUCUCCGUUUUUUUUCUCUUUCUGAAUUUUACUCUACCUCAAGCUUAGUCGAAAUACCACCACGCAUACCAACGAGCAGGCUUUUUUAUCCCACGAAAUAAAUAUAUUCGUGUUGCUCGCGUCGUAUUCGCACGUUCCUUAUCUCAAACACGAUACAUACGUGAGCAUCGAUAAUGUUGCAUUUUGUUUAGUGUACAUCGAUUAUGUAAUCGUGAUUGAGAGAACGAGGCGAUUAAUAUAAUUUUGAAUUACAGCUGGCUACAUAAAAUAUACGUUUACAUACACGAGAAAAACACGACAAUCCUUCAAAGGUUUCAAUAUACUGUUCCAAUUAUAAAUAUUGUAUUCUAAAAUGUGUGAAAAGUAGCACUGCCCACGGCCGUGCCUAAAAACGAUUAAAAAUGUAAUGCAAAUACGACUGUUUGCUACUGGAAUGCAUAAAGUGACGCGACAUUUACACGGUGUAAAAGAUACACAUCUUUUAUUUACUAGAAAGAGUAAAGGAUUUCAAUAAAUAAUGUUUGCUCAUAUAUAAAUCUUUUUCAAGAGCGUUUUCACUAAUGCUUGCAACGCUGGAAACAUUUUAUCCUUGUGUUUAUCAAAUAUUAUACAAAAGCAAAAGAUAUUCACGAGUAUCGGAGCGUGCUCCAAAAAACACAUUUUACCAUAUACCAGAAAUAUAUCGCGCUUCCACAAUAUUCCAAGCAAAUUAGAAAAAUAAUUUUUAAAAAAAUAAACAGGGAACUUAAGAAGGGAAAUUGAAUACAUUGUAAAUGUAAAAAGUCUAAUUACGAUACAAAAUUAAUAGUAAA